GUUCAUGUUGUUUCUGUUUAUCUAUUUCAGGCAAAGUCGUGCAUUUGUCAUAUGUGUGGUGCCCACCUGAACAGACUCCACUCUUGCCUCUACUGUGUCUUCUUUGGCUGUUUUACAAAGAAACAUAUUCACGAGCACGCAAAGACAAAGCGACACAAUUUAGCCAUAGACCUUUUGUAUGGGGGUAUAUACUGCUUUAUGUGUCAAGAUUACAUAUACGACAAAGACAUGGAACAAAUUGCCAAAGAAGAACAACGAAAAGCUUGGAAAUUACAAGCCUUCACCCCAACAGUGGUUUCUCACUACCAGUGUACAAUGACAGGUAAGAGGCGUGGGCUGGCGACGCACUUCACUAACAAGCGUCCCUUUGCUGGUUAUCCUGCCAUUUUAGACAUGAAUCACAGUUGUGCCAGUUUUAUCAUGCAAAUUGUUUUCCUCUUGUUUGGAUAUGUUCCAAUGAGUGCAUAAUUACAGCAGACUUAA